AUGUCAAAGCAUGUGAGCAUACCCGACAACGGGUACAUCACCUGUCCCGUCGCUUUUGAGAGUGGCCAGGCUUGCCUCGGCACAGGCCGAGAGUGCUUCCUCCAGCGAAAGGAGAACGAAAUCUCGCGACACAUGCGUCGCUACCACCUUUCCCUCCUCGGCCCAAGAAAUAGGGUCGAUUAUGGCCGCUGUGCCAUCAUCUGCGAGACGGCCGCUCGUGCGCUGGCGGGUCCCCAGAUCUUUGCGGCUGCCCAGCAAGCUGGUGCCCGCCUGAUCGACGCCGACAGCGUCAAGACGCCGCGCUUCGACAACUGGCGUCCUGGUGGCGGUGCGCCCGCGGCUGCUGCUGCGCGUGCCACUGUCGCCCAGUUCGCGCCUGCCCUGCUUGGUCCUGUCGCUUCUGCCGCUCCUGCGUCCGGCCUGCCUGCACCUCCCACCGCCGUCGCUGCUCCUCCUACCGUCGCUCCCCCUCAGCCCGCUCCUGUCGGUUUUAGUCGGCCUAUACCACAGGCUGUCUACGAUAGACGCCGCCCCACCGACUCCGACCCUAACGCGGCGCCUCCUCGAGGCCUCCCGGCCAAUAUGAUCCCGGGUUGGAGUGCCGAGGUCGCUUUACGCGACAAGAUGCAUCGUCGUCGCCUGAAGAAGCCUCCCGUACGGCCAUAA